CGGCCGGGCGGGGGUGGCGGAGCGGGCGCAGCGGAGCCGGCGGGAUGGAGCGGCCCGGGCGGGCUGCGGCGGUGGCGGGUGCACAGCCCCGCGCUAACGGCUGCAGCGGCGCGGGCCACGGCACGCUCCGCAACGGUUACGUGCGCCGCUUUCCCGCUCCCGACACACAGGUGGAUCAUAUUGUGCACAAUGGAGGAUUAUACAAAAGGCCUUUCAAUGAAGCUUUUGAAGAAACACCAAUGCUGGUUGCUGUGCUGACCUAUGUAGGCUAUGGUGUUCUUACUCUUUUUGGGUAUCUGCGAGAUUUCAUGCGGCAGUGGAAGAUUGAGAAGUGCCAGAAUGCAACAGAAAGAGAAGAACAAAAGGACUUUGUCCCAUUGUACCAGGACUUCGAAAAUUUCUACACCAGAAACCUCUACAUGCGCAUUCGGGACAGCUGGAACCGUCCAAUCUGCAGUGUGCCAGGGGCCAAAGUGGACAUGAUGGAGAGAGUUUCCCAUGACUACAACUGGACAUUCACGUACACAGGGAGGGUGAUAAAGGACAUCAUUAAUAUGGGUUCCUACAACUACCUUGGAUUUGCACAGAACACUGGGACUUGCCAAGAAGCAGCAGCUAAAGUUCUGUCCCAGUAUGGAGCUGGAGUGUGCAGCUCUAGGCAGGAGAUGGGAAACUUGGACAAACAUGAGGAGCUGGAAAAGCUAGUUGCCAGGUUCCUAGGUGUGGAAUCUGCAAUGGCAUAUGGAAUGGGGUUUGCAACCAACUCCAUGAACAUUCCUGCUUUAGUUGGCAAGGGCUGUCUGAUUUUGAGUGAUGAACUGAAUCAUGCAUCACUAGUGCUUGGAGCAAGACUGUCAGGAGCAACUAUUCGAAUCUUUAAGCACAACAAUAUGCAAAGCCUGGAGAAGCUGCUCAAAGAUGCUAUUGUGCAUGGGCAACCUCGUACACGGAGGCCCUGGAAAAAAAUUCUUAUCUUGGUGGAAGGAAUAUACAGUAUGGAGGGAUCCAUAGUCCGUUUGCCUGAAGUGAUUGCCCUUAAGAAGAAGUAUAAAUCUUACCUGUACCUUGAUGAGGCUCAUAGCAUAGGUGCCUUGGGUCCCAGUGGCCGGGGCGUAGUGGACUAUUUUGGACUCAAUCCAGAAGAUGUGGAUAUUAUGAUGGGAACAUUCACCAAAAGUUUUGGAGCUGCUGGAGGAUACAUUGGGGGCAAGAAGGAGCUGAUUGAUUACCUCAGAACGUACUCUCACAGUGCUGUGUAUGCAACAUCAAUGUCACCUCCUGUUGUGGAGCAAAUCAUCACCUCUGUGAAGUGCAUUAUGGGUGAAGAUGGUACAAUUGUCGGGAAAGCACGUGUGCAGCAGCUAGCAGAGAACACGAGAUAUUUCAGGAGACGACUAAAAGAGAUGGGCUUUAUCAUCUAUGGAAAUGAAGAUUCCCCAGUUGUGCCUCUGAUGCUCUACAUGCCAGCAAAAAUUGGUGCAUUUGGGCGUGAGAUGCUGAAGCGGAACAUCGGUGUUGUGGUUGUGGGCUUCCCUGCCACCCCCAUCAUCGAGUCCAGAGCCAGAUUCUGUUUGUCUGCAGCUCAUACCAAAGAGAUGCUUGACAGAGCUUUAAAGGAAAUUGAUGAAGUUGGGGAUCUUUUGCAACUGAAAUAUUCCCGUCACCGCUUGGUACCUCUCUUGGACCGACCGUUUGAUGAGACAACAUAUGAAGAAACAGAAGACUGAACCCCCUCCGUGAGCGUUGGUGGGAGGGACACACCCUGUGGGACACUCCAUGGCACACAGGACACAGCAUCCAUGAACAACACAUUUAGGACUGCUUAGCAUAAAAGACAUUUCCUCACAAUACUGAAGUAGCCACGUCAGCUCUAAAUGGCAUUUUGUAAAUAGGGAGAGGAGAAAAAAGGCUUUGAUUCCUGUGUCUUCAGGGUCUGGCCCUAGAGGUGCUCAGCUUCAGUUUUUCUUGUUGCUUUUUUUUAUUUAUUUGUCUCAGUGAAUUCACAGCAACCAGAGUUGGCCAUGGUCAGCUCAGACUUUGUAUGCCCCAUUAGCCUCACAAAUGCUGGCUGAGAUGUUGUGAGCAUGUGUGACGCUGGCGUGGCAGCAUUUCCAGUGUCACUGCUAGGUGCCUGACCUUCCCAGUAAGGAGUAAGCUGACCUGUCUGCUCUUGGAAUCUUCCUAAAGAAACUCUUACUUGCUAACUUUGACAUAUUUAACAAGAUGGAUAAUCAACCAAAGUUGCUUUUUCUUUUGCAGUUACUUGUGUUUAAAACAUAAAUUCAGCCUUUUUAAAAUAAAUGUAUUGUUGACAUGUCACUGACAGGACCAUUGUUCCCAAACAUUAUUUAGUUUUGUAAGCCACAGGCAGAAGGACUUCUGGGACUCUAGCUUCUUUUCCUUACUGGUAUGGAUGCCAGAUUGUCUCCUGGUUUUGACACUAAUUGUCCUCUUGAUAUAGGGUAAGUAGUGGAAAGGGGAUUUUUGUUUUGUUUGGAUUUUUAUUUUUAAAUGGACUGUGUUUUGUCUUCUGACAUACUACUGUUUAAAAAAGAAAAAAAAAAGGUAGUUCUAAUGUGUGUUGCUUUCUCAUCUUCAGAUUAAUUUCUCUUGCUUUAGAAUUAUCAUACAAUCAUGAACAAGUCACUGCUAAGUUCUAGAAGAGUGCUCUUGGAAUUAAGUAAAACAUGGCAAGACUUGUGCUUCUUAAGACCCGCACCCCUCAAAAAAGCAGGCCUAUAAAAUGGAUGACUAUUAGGAGAGCCCCUUCGUGCAGAUCUGUGAAAGACUAAUUGCUACCCUUUUUCUAAUUCACCGUUUCUUGUUAUAUAUGAGGUGUUCUUCAUUGAUCUUGUUGCUGAAGGCUUUUAUGCAAAGAAUUUAGACAUCUUGGAUCUUAUAAUGCAUUACAUUUCGGCUAAGCAACAAGUUUUGGCAGCUGCAUGUCUGUGUAGGCCUUCCCUGCAGAGAGAAUGUCCUCGCAAUUGCAUGUAGUUUGACAUCUUUAGUCAUUCUGUUAACUGUGAGACCAAAUUAAUCUUUGCUGAGCUGGUUGCUGUUUGGAAUCUUUUAUUUGCAAGUUCCACCAUGUCUUUCUGUGAGUUUAAAAUAGACACCUUUGCUCUAGCACACCUUCGAGGUGGUCUGCUGCUUAGUCAUUGCAUCUUUUAUUCUUUCAGUGAACAGAAUGGAUCAUUGAAGAGGUACCAAAAAUUUUAUCACAGCAGUCAGUUACGGUAUAGUUUGUUUCUGUAUUUUAUACUUUGGACAUGUGGGGGUUUCUGCAGAGAUAGUAAAACUGUGUUGACUGGGUUGGGCCAGCUCUUCAUUAGUAAGAUGCUUUAAUUUCUUCUGUGUUCACUCUGCAACUAACAGGGUUGGUCACUAGAACCAAGCAGUUCUGCAGAUACGUCUAGUGAUUUCAAGCAGAAUUGGCUUCACUUUAAGGAAUAUCUAUCUUCAUGUGUUUAUAGAUCUUGUUCCAUUUUGAUGUAAUGGAACUUCAAAAUUCUGAUUGUUUUUACCAUUGCAUUUUAGAAAUCCAAUUUGAGAAAAACUAAAACUGACUGUUUGAAAAUGGGUCCAGAUAACUGUUUUUGUCAUAGUUCACUAAUGUUGAUUUACUCAGCUUGUGCAUAGUUCAAGAAGUCUGUAACCUGUAUAUGCAGUUUUGAUAGCUAUGGAGUAGUCUCAUUUGUUCAGCCACAGAGUGAGUAAACUACAAUUACACAGGCUUACUUUCUUGCCUGUGUUCUGCCCAGAACUAGCUCUUAACAUUCCAGCAGAUGACCUGCUGCUUUCUGACUUGAAGAAGCUUUACCUCAAAGAAUUGUUGCUUCUUUUUCUGAAUUACAGUAGGGAACAAGAGGAGGUUAGUGCAGGAAGCCCUAACUCCAGCCCUGAUCCUGUUGACUUGAUCACGGAAUGGUUUCAGAUGGCAAAACAAAUAAACUUGAAUGCAUAGGCAUGGGUCACUAGGGAGCUAGCUUGAGCAUUCCUGGAUGUACAGCGUGCUUGUGUCUGUGUAGUCAAGUCAAUUUGAAAACUGUGAUGUACUGAGUUACAAGUUCUGCAAGUCUUGAGUCUUAAUCUUUUCAUCAGGAUUCAGUUGUAGUGCAGCUUGUCUUUAGAAGGGAGAAAAACAGGUGCAUAAAUCUAAGUAAUUUAGAUAACUCCUGCAUAACACUUCUGAAAUUGUCAGUGCUUUAAAACUACCAAUCUUCACUGGGAUUCCAGUUGCACUUGUUGAGGCAACUGUGUUCGUGCUAAACUUCUGCCAUUCAGUAUCUUUGUGUUGUAUCAUGCUGUCUUCAUAUGACACUGAAUUCUGCAUUGCAAAGACAUUUCAGUAAUCAUUCAGGCAGUCAUUAGCAUUUGCAAACUGCUUGGUUACAUUUCAGCUGUGCCAUAUCUUUUUUCGGAAGCAACUCCACCCCUCAGGAGGCGUUUUAUUCACAGGAACCUGUUUUGCCAAAGUCUGGUACCUGUUGGAACUGUUUGCUUCUGAAAAAGAAGUCCAAGAUUUUGCACUUUUAAGCCAGUAAUUCACUGAGUGUGAAAGCCAGGAAAAUCUUUUCACAUCUACUAAAAAGCUCUGCUCCCACAACAGAAGGAACAGACCACUUCUGGUUUGUACUAGGCAAACCUACAGCAUGAAUGCUGUCACAGUAUGUGUAGGAUGGAUUGCUGCUUUGAUAUUUAUGUACUGACCAGAAAUCUGUUUCCUUUUUGUCCUGGCAGUAGAAGUGAAUGAAAGAACCAAUCUUGAGAGAUCACAAAGGAAGAAAAGCUGCUUAAGAAAUAGACUUCAGUCCCUGCCAACUGUUCUGAGACAUUCUAAUUGAAAGUGACUCCUGGUAUUUCUUAAGGGAUGCAAAAUUCAAAAGAAAAUGAAGGCUGCUUUUGAACAAGGGGUUUUGCCCUGUACAGUAUAUUGGCUAAACUUAUAAAUAUACAAUAGUUACCUUCCCAGUACCUCUCUGAAGAACUUAGCAGGCAAGAGUUUGCUUCUGCUGAGCGAAGAGUUUAGAACCAUUAUAGUUUUUAAGGCUGAUGGCCACGUUCUUUUUCUCUUAAAAGAAACUGAGAAGCUCCUAUUACCGAGCAUCAAUAGAGAGUGAGAGAUCUGCUUCUUGUUAGAAACUGGCCUUCCCAAGUAGACCUUUGUCUUAAGGAGCCUGAUUCAUAAUUUUGGUUUUAGUUUUUGGCAGAGAAUAAACCAAAUCUUGUGUUAAGAUUUUCAUGGCUUUUAUUGUUACACAAGACACAAACUUUUGUACAGUAUGUGUAUAUGGUAUAAUUAAACUCUUUGUUUAGUUACUGUAUUUUUUCCCCUUCUAAGUAGCAUCCUUAAAGAGCUGUUCUAGUUCUGUAGUUACUGGUAUAUCACACUAGGCAAAGACUCAGGAGUGAACUGACCGAACAUCUUACUGUAAUGAAGUCAUUUAGUGAAGGAAUUGUGUCAUGCAUCAUGAUCUUGCUGUUUUCUCUAAGAGUGCAGAAGUGGUGCCCACUGUGAGAGUAGGAACCCACCUUCACACAAGCAGUAAAGGGAAGUAUGCCCAUGAAAUCAGUGACACAGCCCAGUGCUGUGUGGAUGAAGGACCAGUACAGCAGAGAUGGAGAAAAGAUGCAGUCAGUCAUUGCUUAUUCUCAGCUGUACAGGGAUCUUCCAUGUGUACUUGAACAAAUGUCCCUAAGACAGGAAUGCAACUUUCAGUGCCCAAAGAGACACUUCUCUAAAGCUUUUCCACACCAAGUAAAUACUGUUUCUCCUUCUAUGCAAAUUUUAGUUUCUUUACUUUUGAAAAGUAUUUGGCUUACAGCUGUUUGCUUGUCCAGAAGUCAUCCAUUCAGGCAGAUCAUAGCUCCAAGAGGCUGGAGGAAAACCAUGAGCAUGAGCUCUCCAUAUCACCUAGGAGAGCACCUCACAGCAUUAGAUCUGGAGCGCUAUGCAUGAGCUCCCUUGCUGCAUCACGGAGAAGGAAACUUGUGGAGGUUUAUCCCAAUAUACAAUGCUCAAAAUUUAUACAGUUUAUAUGUACAGUUGAUGUGCAUUAUUUUUACAGUUUAUCCUCUGCCUGUGAAAGUGUCAAGCAUGCUGGGAUCUAUGUGGGUGGCACCUUUUGCACAGAGAUCUGAGAUACCCGUGGUCUGUUCUAUUCCAACACAAGUGAAGUGCUGAGCUGUGUGGGAAUAAUUCCUAGUAUGACCCCUCAGCAGGCUCUAGUGCUGGACCACUGUUUUGGAAAAGCACUAGUCAUUUGACCUGUGUAACUUGAACAUGGUUUUGAAAGAAAGAAAGGAAAAAAACCCACACAGAACUCCUCAGAUGCCAUAGUGAUGACUUGUAUUCCUGUAGCAUCCCCAGCUUUGCAAUUGUUCACCUGCUUAAGGAUUUGGAUGUGAAGCUAGAGCACAACCAUGAAGUGCUUGUGUGAAGAAUUGUACUUUAUUUUUCACUAAAAAAGUGUUUGGUGCAGACAUUGGAGCUGUUGAGUUUGCAUCUCCAGAAGGGGUUGGGUGAAGGAGAUUAUGACUGUGGUAUGCAUUGAAGGCCUAAAACUGUGACUUGGUAUGAAGAAUUUAGUUUAAAACUGACCUUGAAGAAUGCAGUGGAUUUUAACCCAUGGAAGAAUACUCUGUGCUUUUAGUUAAGCAAUAUGUACUGCUGUUUUCUUGCAGGGAGAGGUUCAACUCCAUUUGUGUUUGAUCCUAGCAGCUGUUUUAAGGAGCAGAGAGGUGAGGUGUCUGUAUGUGAAGGCCAAAAGCAGCGCAGCUCUCUGUACCGCUGUUCUGUGUUAGCGAGCAUCGGUAACUUGUUCCUGGGCUGCUCAAAGUGGGAGCGUUAUGGAGAGGGUCAGGAAGUUCAGAAGCAGUGGCAGCUAGCAGAUUAAUUUCCUCAACAGUCACGAACAGGUCUCUUGACUUGAAUAUGCCACGGGUUGGUGCUGUUCCAAAAAAUACCCCUGGUGAAGUGAAACGUGCACCACACCAUCUAUCUGAGUGCUGUAAAGCUUUCCUCUUUUGCCAAAUCUCACCCUGUUCAAGCAGUAUUUCUGCUACCCCCUAACGGUGUAUUACGCUAACUGCAUCUACAGUCUUCCGAUUAACUUUCAGACCAGUUCGAGGGAUAACAGGAACGUUGGAGCCUGAGGCUUUAGGCUAGCAGCCCCAAAGCCAAUGGUGGCCCACAUUUCCACUAGCCCCGGGGCAGAAUUACCAAGUCACAGCACUUUGUCUUAAAUUGCACUGUAUUCUUAUGCCUCUGUAUUGCUAUAAUGUACAUAUAUAUCGGAUUUUUUUUGUAGAUAAGACAUUUUAGAUAAAAUUUUUAAAUGGGCUCCCCCAAAAAUAUUUUAUGCCAGAUGUCUAAUUUUUUUUACACUUGGAAUUAACAUGAAGUUGGAUGCUCUGUGGGCAGGGAAAAGGUAAAUGGAUGGUACAUUGGCUUUAAAAAGGUAACAAUGCAUGUUAAAUUAAAAAAUGGAGAAAAAACUGCUUGGGAAAAAAUCCAUUCAAAUCUAUUCUAUGUUCUGCAUAAUAAAGACUUUAAAAAAAUGAA